AUGGAAUCGUACCUCCCAGCUAUCCCCUCGGAAGCUCCUCCAUCAUCCGCUCAUUCCGAGGUACCACGACACUCGUCAUUUAGUCCUGAGUUUGGUCUACCAUUUUACACCAGAGGUACGAACACGUAUUACGGUACACCUCGUACUCUACUAGAAGCCCAAUUCCCAGCACAAGAGUCUUUCUCAGAGCGAGCAGCCACUUCUACACCGACCGAGCGUGAACUCGAACAUGAACAUGAAGAUCUUGAACCUGACUUUACUAUCAUCCCGAGAGAUGGGCAUUCGGAGCUCUCAAUCGACUUCAAGGACGAUCAGGACAUUCAUUCGAUAGCAAUUGGUAUUUCAAAGAAAGGACAUCGAGAGGUUAAUGGGAAUGAUACGAUCCAUCCCGACUCACACGCACAAGAUGAAUGUAUUCUCUUUGCCAAGCUAUCUAUGACACCGGGAAUGUUCUGA